UGAAACAGGCAGAGCCGCUGCUGUUUACUUCCUAGUCACUGCAGAGCGUUUAGGCAGUUUGUGAUGAAAAGAGUUUUCACAAACUGGGCUGGGUCGGUGCAUAUAGCGCUCGCCAUUGUAGGGCUUCCGUACGGCGUGUGUACAGGUGGAUACUGCAAAGCCAUCAACAGCAGAGUCCCGAGUGUGUGUACUUCUGCCUUCGUGUCAUCAUCUGCCAUGCACAUCAAGGCCCGCUGCUCAGUGUACCCCGGCUCAGACACCCACCGCUUCCCUGUUCCAGAUGAUAAGGUUAGCUGGGCAGCAGACUGGCCUGAGUACAGCCCUGUGAACUACACAGCACCAUCUGUGCUGAAAAAACCUGUCUGGGCUGAUCCAGAGAUUGGUUCAUUUUCCCCACAGUUUAACUCGCUCGAUGGGUCUGUGGAUAGGAGGAGCCAUGAGGGAGAGUACACUGUACAAGAUGAUAGACCACUCAACCCUAGAGGAAGAACUGGUUUGAAUGGUAGGGGCCUUCUGGGCAGGUGGGGUCCUAACCACGCUGCUGACCCCAUAGUAACCAGGUGGAAGAGGGACUCUGCAGGGCAGCGUGUUUCUCAUGCCAUGUCUAAACUUCCCGUGCUGCAGUUUGUGUCCAUCAAGAGGAAAGACUGUGGAGAGUGGGCCAUCCCAGGGGGUAUGGUGGACCCAGGAGAGUUAGUGUCUCUAACUUUGCAGCGAGAAUUCUCAGAGGAGGCAAUGAACUCUCUCCAGGCCUCCCAACAAGAGCGGGAAAAGAUCCAUGAGCGGAUCACUCAGCUUUUCAGUGCUCCAGGUUUCCAGGUAUAUAAAGGUUAUGUUGAUGAUCCAAGAAACACAGACAAUUCCUGGAUGGAAACAGUUGCUGUCAACUUCCAUGAUGAAAAAGGUGACAGUGUAAGUGAGCUGCCACUAGAAGCAGGCGAUGAUGCAGGCCAAGUGAGUUGGUUCGACGUUGACUCCUCUCAGCCCCUGUAUGCUAGCCACUCACGUUUUCUGCAGACAGUUGCCAAAGAAAGAAAAGCCCACUGGUAACCAAGAGCAAUGACAAGUGCCUUCAACGACACAAACAAAAACACUUUACCUCUUUGAAUUGAAAUAUCAAUAUGAAAAUGGUGUAGUUAAACAGAGCAGGGAUCUGAAUCCAAAUGUAUAGCCUGAUGACCCAUCAUGUAGUCUUCUGUUCUUUAAACACUUUCUGUACACUACAGCCUGGAACGGCAGUUCUCCCUAAAGUAUUUCAGAACGUGAAGACUUCUGCUUGACUGACAACUGAUAGACAGGGAUAGGACAUUUUUUCAUGAUAGGACAUUAAAAGAUGACACUGAUUAGAUCCAGACAAUCACUGAAGCUCGAAAUCAAUGAAAAAGAUUAGGAGCAGUUUCUCAGUCAUGUAGAAUCAGUAAAACAGCAGGAUGAAAUUCAGGAGGCCUUGUCUGGCUAUCACAUUUACACUUGCUGUGGAAAACACUGCCACAGCAUUAAAGGGGAAUUUCACCAUUUUUUCAAAAGUUCUGCAUAAUUAAACCAUUGAGACAUGAAGAGGCAUUCAGAGUGUUUUAAUGUGAAAUCAUUCAGAUUUCUUUACAGUGGUGGUGAUGGGAACCAGGGGUCAUGAUGUCUACAACACAAGCAUAGUCAAUAUUUACCAAAAUGACCAGUAAACCAACACAUCUCCCAAGUUGAUAUCUCUAGGUUUAAUUCGGGAAGGGAACCUCUCUACAAUUUAGCCCAAAAGUGUGCAUCAAAACUAUCAUGAGAAUAGCUCAGGUAUCAGGCACUGCAUUAAUAACCAUUAAUGUGAUAACAUUAUAUAACCAUAGCUUUCAGAGGCAUCAAAUGCUUCGGAUGUCUGGUUCCUAUCAUCACCACUGUGACCAGUUCUGACUCUGAAUUCUAGCAAGUUUUUCUAGAAUGGAGAAUUACACAUCAGCCCAUACUGAAUGACUUUGUUUACAUCUUAACAAUUGCAUUAUGCAGAAAUUUAGAAAAAAAGCAGUAGAAAACAAUACUUUUUAUAGCUAAUGCAUGUAUUAUACCUAAUUACCUGCAUCAUUCACUAUUUAUUGUAGAUUUGUGGAGCUAAUUUGAAGAACUAAGGUGAAGGUAAAGAACUAUAGAUGAAGGUAAAGAUUUGAACUAUUAUCACUUAGAGGGUUUUUAUAUAUAUAUAUAUAUAUAUAUAUAAAAAAUGUAUAAAUUAUAAGGUUCUCUUUCUUGCUGUCUGUCUACAAAAGCUGACUACUACAAAGCUGACUGAUAAAACUGUACCCACUGUAAUGAAUAUAGUAAAUGUUGCUCUGACAGUCUUU